AUGACGAACAACCGGCGCGGCAGCAACAACAGACAGAUCAAGAGGAAUAAAGGCGGCAGCAACCGCCAGCAAAAGGGGAACGCAGGCGUUAGCAAUAGCUAUAUCAAGGGGAAUGAUGGCGGCGGCAUGGAAGAUCUGGCGGGACGAGAGUCCUUGUACAUAUGUUCAAUGGAGUUGAAGAAGACGGUCGUUUCUUACGUUAUCCAUGUUAUUAAAUUGAGCGAUUUGUUAUCAUCAUCAUGCUCCUGUCCCAACCCUAAUUCUACCGAUGGUGACGAUGAAGCAAAAUCUCGCUUUUGUAGAUAUUUUUCAUUCAGAGACAAAUGCCCGAGUUGCUCCAAAGGCUGUAGUGAAUUACACUAUCUGGUUUCUAUGGCUAGCGAGGAUCUACCCGGCUUUAUGGGUUGCGGUGUCUUCCGAUCCCAAAUUCUUUUCGCAGGAGGCGUUAAACCCUGUACCCCUCCCCAUUCUUGGUCUUUCUUAACUUAUCCCAACUCCUUCUAUCAGCGAUUCGGACCAGCUCUGUAUGAACAACUUCAUGGGUACGACACCAAUCAAACCAAUACAAUUCUUGAAGUAAGAGCCCGAGAUGAUAUGUCUAAGAAUUUAUCACCAAAAUCUCAACCCCUGCGAUUCGGACCACCUGUGUAUAAAGAGAACAAUGGAACUGUUGAAGUGAGAGCCCUAGAUGAUAUGUCUAAGAAUUUCUCACCAAAAGCUCAACCCCUGCUGGUGGAGCUGAAGGGGAAACUCUAUGCUCUCUCCGGUUAUUUUGGCGGUGAAUGUCACUUAAACCCUCCAUAUUUCCAGGUCUUCGACCCUGAAGACAAAGAAUCAGAAUGGAAGGACCUUCCUCCACCUGACAUUUUCGAUCCCGACUCUGAUCACUAUGUCGGAGAUGGUGUAUACUUAUCGUAUGCAUCUAUGGGCACCAGAAUCCUUGUGUCGACCACUCCCCAUUCCCCCGGAGUGCUUAGCUUUGACGUCGCCAAAGACGACCCACAAUGGGAAACACUCACUGCUCCUGGUCCUUUGCUUUCCGGUGGUCCCUUCGGGUUUCAUGGAACUGCUUUGUACGUGGAACAUGACAACGAGUCUUUCUUGUUCACCUAUCAGUAUCACCCACACUCGCCUAGUGAGAUUGUAGUCUACCUUGUUUUCAAUGAUGAUUCUUCGGAAACUAUUACAACUCUGCAGCUGCCAGUUAUGCCUAUUGAAUUUGAUUUUCCCUACUACUAUAAGUUUGUGCACUUAAGAGGUCCAAAAGUCUGCUUUAUUAUGACUUCAUUCCCGCGCCCAGGUUAUUAUGUUUGUAAAGAAGUUGAGAAGAUGAAUGUUGUUGUCUUAACGUAUGAACUCUCACCGAAGAUGGAAGCUGUCAAAAGGGAGGUCAAACUAGUGGCUACUCGCUUCUUCGAAUGCGAUACUUUGCGGUCUCACAACCCUAUCUCACAUCAUACACAUCAGGCUCAUGUCAUUGGUUGCUUUGUGCUGUAA